CUCUUUUUCGGUUUCAACCGGGGCCUCAGGCCUGUUUAAGAGACAUCCAUAACCUGUACAAAUUGCCAUUGAAACUACAACCAUGUACAAAUGAGCAAUAUUUGAAAUCACUUUCUGGCUCUGUUACAUCUCCUAGUAUAUUAGUAGUAUCCCUCUUUCUAUCUUUUCCUCAAUCCUUUCUUUGUAGCUCUAGCUUAGCAAAACUCAACAUCCAAGAGAAUCAGAUCAAGGUGUGAGAAACCUAUCAAUAUCUACUGAUCAGUCAAUCUAUCAAUCAAUCAGAUCCAAAGCUUCAUAUCAAAUAAUAAUAAUAAUAACAAAGGAAAAGAAAAAGAAGGAUGUCUUCCUCAUCAGCUGCUUUUUCACCGGACCACGUCUCUCCCUCCGAUCAGCUCUGUUACGUCCAUUGCAACUUCUGUGACACAGUUCUCGCUGUGAGUGUUCCUUGCACUAGCUUGUUCAAGACUGUUACGGUUCGAUGCGGUCACUGCACCAAUCUUUUGUCUGUCAACAUGCUUGGUCUGCUUCUUCCUUCAACUAAUCAGCAUCACGUUGGUCAUUCUUUCUUCACUCCUCACAAUCUCCUGGAGGAGAUCCGAAGUAGUGCAACAACAAAUAUGGUAAUCAAUCAGCCAAACCCAAAUAACUCUCUUAUGCCUCCUAUUCAUGGAGGUGUUGAAGAUAUUCCCAAACCUCUGGUGGUCAAUAGACCUCCGGAGAAGAGACAGCGAGUCCCAUCUGCCUACAACCGCUUCAUCAAGGACGAAAUCCAACGCAUCAAAGCUGGAAACCCUGAUAUCAGUCAUAGAGAGGCCUUCAGUGCCGCUGCCAAGAAUUGGGCCCACUUCCCUCACAUACAUUUCGGACUUAUGCCUGAUCAACCCGUGAAGAAAACUAACGUGCACCAACAGGAAGGAGAGGAGAUGGUGAUGAAAGAUGGGUUCUUUGCUCCAAACAACGUGGGUGUUACCCCUUACCAAACAAGUCCAAACUACUGCUAGGGUUUCGUUGUCCUUCUCUCUUCUACUUUUGUGUAGGUUAAUUUCCUUAUUUGUUAAGAUGUGUACUGUUGAAAACCUUGGGUUUCGUAGCUUAUGUUAGUAACUAUGGGGAUGCAUUUUGAUGUUGUGAAGAGCCUAGCUAACAUGUCAUCUUUAUCUACGAAGAACUCUUAUGAAGAUGAAGGCUUUGAACAUUAGCCUUAUAUGUCAUAAAAGUACUUCAAAUGCUCAAAACUCAAUCCUAGCUUUAUCUUUCAAUUUCAACGUUAUUCGUUUCUCUUUCA